GUCAGUCGGUCGGUCGGUCGGUCGGUCGGUCGUCGGUGGUCAAUCUGUCAGGUUUCGCUAGUAGAAAAAGUGAUUUAAUUUGUACGAUUCGCAAAACUGCCGAAAAUCCAAAAGGCAAAGUUCAGUGUGCUCUUCCAUUGUGUUUAAUAUUCUAUCCACGGCUGACAGUCUGUGUCCGGUCCAGUCCAGCAGAGUGCUGUUUGGUGGUAGGAAUCUUGUUGCAAUUGUUUCAUCUGUCAGCUACAAACAAAUCUCCCCGGCGUAAGUACCAGCGGGUGGAUGAGUCCCGUAUUUCCCGAGCAGGAACUUGCGAACGGUGGAAAGUCGGUGACUUUCGGAGCGGUAAACAUUUGACCCCCGACCGGCGGUGGCAUGAAAACCUCCAAGAAGUACAUCAUCGGGCUGUCGGCCCUGCUCAUCAUUCUGGUCGGUUGCGGACUAGCCGUUGGCAGGGCUUUGAACGGUAAUGACGAAGACGCGUACGACGAGACACCCAAGUCGGUAAAGCAGAUUCUCACCGAUAUCCGCAACCUGAUGGAAGACAACUCCAUCACAGCGUACAUCAUUCCCUCGGUAGAUGCCCACAUCAGUGAGUAUAUUUCCGCACACGAUAAACGUCUUCAGUACGUAACGAACUUCACCGGAUCCGCCGGAACAGCCAUCAUUACCUUGCGGGAGGCGGCUCUAUGGACCGAUUCACGCUAUCAUCUGCAGGCGGAAAAUCAGCUGGACUCGGAUCUAUGGACUCUGAUGAGAGAGGGUUUGGCGGAUGUUCCAACGCGUGACGACUGGCUACUGGAGAAGCUUUCCUCGUGGUCCCAGGUUGGAACGGAUCCCUUUCUGAUAACCUCGACCGAAUUCGAACGUCUAUCGAGGGUCCUGAAUGCCGGUGGUCUACGAUUGGUGACACUCGAACGUAAUCUGGUGGACAGCGUUUGGAACAACCGUCCACCGCAGGUCAGCGAACCAUUGAUUCCGCUGGAUAUCAAGUAUUCAGGGAAGCGGGCAUCCGAAAAGAUCGCAGACCUUCGGAAAGAACUGAUAGAAAAGAAAGCUUCGGCAAUCGUUAUCACCGGUCUGGAUGAAAUCGCUUGGCUCUUCAAUCUGCGCGGGUCGGACAUCCGCAACACUCCAGUAUUCUUCGCAUACGCCAUCGUUUCCGAUAGUGAGAUCAUACUAUUCACCAAUCCGGAUCGGAUCAACGACACCAUUAGAAAUCAUUUCCGGUCGGAAGGUAUCGAAGUUACGGUUCGGGAAUACGACGAUAUUCUCGCCGGGGUUAAAGAACUGGUGGAAACUCGGGGGAACGUGAUCAUCUCCACCUCCUGUAGUCAUGCGUUUUAUGCUCAAAUUCCAGCUGAUCAACGAAUUCAACUGUACAGUCUGGUGGCAACUAAACGAGCGGUGAAAAAUUCUGUGGAAGGCGAAGGAAUGCGUCGAGCUCACGUCCGGGAUGGUGCCGCUCUUGUUCGUUAUCUGCAUUGGCUAGAGGAGAACGUCGACUCGGGCAAUAUAACCGAACUGUCCGGAGCAAGUCAACUACGCGAAUUUCGUAGCAUGCAGAAAGAUUUUGUUGGUCUAAGCUUCACGGCUAUCAGUGCAUUUGGAUCCAAUGCAGCCAUUGUCCAUUACAGUCCAACGGAAGAAACGGAUACUCUGAUAACACGAGACAAUAUCUACCUCAUCGAUUCCGGUGGUCAGUACAGGGACGGAACAACCGACGUAACCCGAUCAGUGCACAUGGGUGAACCAACCGCUUUCCAGAAGGAAGCUUUCACGAGAGUGCUUAAAGGUUUCCUGAGUCUCGGCUCGGCAGUAUUUCCACCGAAAACUUCCGGAACGUUCUUCGAUGCCAUGGCCCGUCGUGCCCUGUGGGAUGUUGGUCUGGAUUAUGGACACGGGACGGGUCACGGGAUUGGGUCAUACCUCGGAGUUCACGAGUAUCCACCCUCGCUAGUGUCCAGCACGGUAUCGCCGGGAAAUGUCGGCCUACAGGAAAAUAUGUUCACCUCGAACGAACCCGGCUACUACGAAGCGGAUCAGUUCGGUAUCCGAUUGGAGGAUAUCGUACAGGUCGUCAAAGCCGACGUUCGGUAUGACUUUGCCGGUCGGGGAGCGUUGACAUUCUACGCCAACACGGUGGCUCCGCUGCAAACCAAGCUGAUGGAUUUGACGUUGAUGAGUGAGCACGAGGUGAAUCUGGUGAACAGCUACCAUGAACGGGUCCUGAAAGAAGUUGGUCCAUUACUGUUGGAACAGAAUGCCAACGAGGCUCAUGCUUGGUUGGUGCAGCAAACCAAGGCUAUUGUUAAGACGUAAACAUGUAAAUAAACUGCGAAAUUUGUAGUAAUUUU